AUGGUUCUGGAUUCAUACAGAUGUGAAUCUAAGCUGACGUGCAUUUUGCCAUGGUGUGGGUGUCUGACUCCAGAGGAGCGACCCAAAACAGCGUCUGACCCAAAGUGGGCGGCUGAAACCAAAACUGGCCAACCCGCUAGGCAAGCGUGGCCUUUUAAUGCCAAAACCCUUCCAAUCUUGAACUCUAAAACAGAUAUACCCCAGGCGAGUAGAGUGAAAAAUUCAGAAUCUCGCACUGAUAAGUCAGGCCGCCUCAUGGAUUCUGGUGGAGGCAAAAACUCAAUAAACCCAAACAUCAACCCCGCUUCAAAGAUCGAAAUCAAAAUUGCUACGUAUAACACCCGCACUAUGACAUCAAAGGAACACCUUGAGAUCCUGGAAAAUGAACUAGAGCAUAUCAAAUGGGAUAUAAUUGGCCUAAGUGAGACUAGACGUCAAGGAGAGAGUGUGACCACCCUUACGUCUGGACACCUAUUAUAUCAGAAGAACGCUGACAGAAACUCACAUAUUGGUGGAGUGGCGAUCAUGAUAAACAAAAAACUAAAACACCUAGUCACUAAAACGGAGGCUGCUUUAAACAGAGUAAUAUACAUUAUAUUAAAGAUCAAUAAAAGAUGCUCCAUGCAAGUAAUCCAAGUAUACGCCCCUACAAGCUCCUCUCCCGACCAAGAAGUCGAACAAUUUUAUUAA